CCUAUUACGAUAAAUUGACAAAACCAUACACACAACACAAAUCACUUAUCUAUACUUUACGUCUUUACCCGUAGAGGUGAGAGAUGGGUGGAAUUAUGAGUCUGAGGGAGCAGAUCAUUGGCCCAAACUUACGUCCACUCAAGAGGUCCGUUUGAUUCAGCAAAGAAUUAUGGAAUGGGACAGCUCUGCCCCAAACCCACUUUUACUUUACUUUAGAUUGGCCCAUAGAUAGAGGUGAGAGAGAGAGAGAGAGACGUCAAAUGAUGGGCGUGACCUUUUGCUUAUAAGAUACAAUUUUCUUCCUUAUGCGCAAAUGAUAAUCAGUAGUUUAGUUAUGGUGUUAAUGGCUUCAAGCAGAAGAGCAUCGAAAGAAAAGAAACCCACCGCUUUGGACAGUACAAAAUACAGUACUCUCUGCUUCAACCAAAAACAAGUUUAGUACAAUACUUCACUUGAUGGAGCUGAUCUCAAUACUCUAGUUUUUUAUUGCUCUUCUGUUGCUUUCUUCUGUAUACAUUAUACACCCAUGCACACGUCUCUAUAUCUCUCCAUCUCUCUCUGCUUUCAUCAGUUUCAGAAGAGAGGGGCCUCAUUUUUCUUUAAAAAGGCACACCAAACUUUGGCUCUUCCCUUUCAAGUUGGAAAUAUUUAUUAUUCUCCUACUCCAACUCCAACUCCAACUCCAACUCCAUCUAAUCUAAUCUAUCCCCUUCUUUCCUUUUCCUUUUCAUCGUCACUUAUCUCUCUCUCCUCUGGCAAAGUUGCUAAAUUUCUGGCGAUUUUCUGCAGUAGGAAAACUGUGACAGAGUGAAAAAGAGAGAUGGUAUGGUAGAGGGGAUGGGAAAGAACUUGGUGUGGUUGUGACAGACUUCUGAAACUGAUCAUGGGAGGAAAAGGAGGGGAAUGAGGUAAAAGAAACAGAAAACCCCAUCUCCUUUCCUUCUCAGUCCUCUCUCUGGAGAAAAAAAAAAAAAGAAGCUGUGAUUCAAUCUCUUCCCCUAUUUUUCUGUUCCCCUUGGGAUUGGCACUAAAGCCCGUUGUCGCUCCCAGUAGUAGUACAGUCCUGAAUCCCCUUUUCUGGUCUCUGUUUUCAGUUUUCUUUCACUUUUUUGGUGGUGGAAAUUUUCAUCCGUUUCUGGAUCAUGUGGGUUGCUCCAUGCGGACUAUGAUGAAUGGAAUAGAUUCCUCUUCUUCUUGAUCCUUUCACCCCAAAAGAAAACCCCUUUUUCAGUCUGUAGAGAAAAAAAUCCAGCUGAAAUUUUUGAGGAAAAGCAAAACUGAGACGGACUUGCUCACUUAUGGAGUCUACAGAGACUUGAAGCAGAGCAGCAGCCUUGUCCAGUUUCCCUCAAACUUCGUGCCUCUCUCUUUUUCAGCAAGUGACCAUCUUUUUUUGUUAGGAAGAAAGAAAGGAGACUUCCUCUGUUUUUGUCUUCUCUGGGAUACCUGGUGAGUUCUUCUUCUUCCUCUUCUUCAUUUUGCUCUGUUUCGUAUUUUACUUGGAUGAAUCUAAAGCAAGUUUCCAUUCAAGCUUGUUAAUUGUUUUCCCUUUUCCAAUUUUUGGUCUGAAGCUGAAAUCGAAAAGCAGCACAGUAGGAAAAACAAACAGUUAUGCUGGUAAGGCACAGAUCCAGAGCAGUAGCUAGGAAGCAAGCUUCAAUGGCGACUGAUCACCAGACUUCUCAACCUCCACCGACAACCACCCAAAAUCAGACAAAACCCAUCAUCCAAUCCCUCCUCGCUUCCCCAAGGUUCAAAGCCUUCACAUCCGAAGCCGACCAAAUCAUCAGUCCAACCUCCAUUAUCGACUCUGUCAAACCCUUCUCUGCUCUACGAAGCCCAUUUCAACAACAACCAUCCCCCAAAUUUUUACCGGAAACCAAACACCAGUGGGAAAAAUUGGUGGAGUACUACUCCAAGGGCAUCGGGGUCGCACUAAUUGCCGACUCCGAGUCCGAGAAGAAACCAAAACCCAUCAGCGGGCUUAAACUGAGAGUCCAAAUCCCACCUCCCCUGCUUCCAGACUCAUCCUCACCUCCCAAAUCUCCGGCGGAAUUCGGAAUCAGGACAAGGAUUAGUAACCCCCAGCUGCCGGAUUCUUCCAAGGAAUCUCCCCGGGUUGUCACUGAGUGUCUGUCGGCGACGGAGAUGGAGCUGUCGGAGGAUUACACCUGCGUAAUCUCCAGGGGAGCUAAUCCGAAGACGACCCAUAUAUUUGAUAACUGCGUUGUGGAGAAUUACUUCGGGGUUUCAGAGGAUUCGGGCUCUACCGUUCCCGAUAACAAAAACUUCCUUAGCAUCUGCUAUACGUGCAAGAAGAGCCUCGAGCAGAAGGGUGACAUCUUCAUUUACAGAGGGGAGAAGGCGUUCUGCAGUGGAGAGUGCAGGUACCAGGAGAUGGUGUUGGAUGGAGGAUUGGAGGGUUGAGAUAUGAAUAUUGGAGAGAAUCAAAUCAAUCAAUUGGCGUUCUGUGUAUUGUCGAGGGAGGAUUCAAUUAUGGAAGAAGCAUCAUCAAUGGAGUUUCAAUUAUUAGAGUGGUUCGGAAAUUGGUUGGGUUGUGAUGGGGUUUUGUUUUGGGAAUAUGAUAGGGAUGUGUCGUUGGAUGGAUGGAUAGAUUGGCUUUUUUCUCUUCUUUGGAACGAUUUGGCCGUUUUGAUUAAUGUUAGUUUGACUAAUCCUCUCAGUUGCAGAUAAAGAUAAAAGAGAGGAUAGUGAUUGUGACAAUGAUGACGAGUGCAAUUUUAUGUUGUCAAGUAAAUGUGAAUGAGAUAAACCAAACAUUCUGAAAAUGUGAGAGAAGAGUAAGAAAAUUUGGUAACGUUGUGUGCUUUGUCCACGUUUCCUUCUAACUGGACAAAGAAAAAUUUACGGAUUGGGUCUCUCUUUUGUAUUUGGUAUUUAUUUAGGGAGGAGAAUUUUGAUCUUGAGCCGAUUUAUCUGAUCUGUUUGGCCUGUUUUGUGUCGGGUCGGACCCGGCUCGUAGGCGGGGCCGGGCGGGCAUGAGUAUGUCUCAUUGAUCUGACCUGCACUAACUCGUCCCAUUCUCGACCCGUUCUUGUCUAAAUUACAUGUUAUCUUAGUCAAAUUAUUUAAAAUUUUCCUCUUAUUACAUUAUAUUUUAAUUAUAAUCAAGUUGAAAAUAAGUG